UUGGUCUGAAUAAAAUAAACGUGUUUUUGUUUAUUUCCAAAUUUGUUAUCUGUUCAUAAAUUAACUCAAUAGAUGAACUUUAAACUAGAUAUUCGUUCGAAAAAUGGAAAUAUGGAAUAAGCUGGACCUUGUUCCACCAGUGUUAUUUACACACAAAUGUAAAACUAAAAACCGCAAGGAUGAUAUCAGAUCAUUUUGCAGUACGAUCGCUACUGCCCAUCAAUACUUCGAAUCGCUGCAUGCCUUCGAAAAAGCAGCCGCAUAUCUCUCCCGUUUUGCGAUCAGGUUUAAUGAUCGGUUCUACAAUAUGCACGGCUUUCGGCAACUGAAGAAGUUGAAACAAGCAUUGCUUCGUUUCCGUGUAGUGGAUGUUUCGCAUGUACUAUCCAACAUGUCCAGCAUGUUACCCUAUACAGGCUAUCUCGAAAAGUCAGUUGAACUCCCAACCCGUUCGAAUUUGGAUUAUUUGCUGGUGAGGCUUCAAGGACUCGGGAAACUAUUCUGCCGGAUAGUGGUGCUGGCUAAGGAUGCUGCCAAAUAUUACGUACGGUUUAUAACGACGAGUUACUUUUUCAAUCUUACUUCCAUAUUUCUAUGUUUGUUGGCGGAGAUUUGGUGCAUGUCGAAAGUUAUGUGUGCGCGAAUUGUGGACUUUUACAAUCGCCUCGUUCCGUUCCGGAUGCUUUUGGAGGACGCUGGAAAGCAGUGGCCAACAGAGGGCGAAUGUGUUUUCCCGGACGAUUUAGCUACUUGGCUGGGCUCUGAGUGGAUCGAAGAGGUUGCGGCUCGUGACGACUCGACGAAAAGUCUAAAUUUGCGAACCGAUACGAACUUAUUCCAACUAUUGACGGAGGAGCAGGAAGAUUUUUCCUCUAGCAAAGAGGUUGAUCGAAGGAUCGAGAAUAAGCUUAGCUCGGAGCUCGACACGGAACUUUUGCAGGCUUCAAUCCCAAGCAAACUUCUGAUGCAGAGGAUUCGAACGGAUGAUGGAGAAACAAUCGUUCGAGAAUCGACCAAGUCGGCCAAAUCGGAGCUCGAUUUGAGUGCGAUAGACAGCAUUCGAUCCAAGUACGAUGUAAAGAAAUUUUUGGAAGAUGAGAAACAGAGGCGAAAGCAGAAUCUGACCUUAGCUUUAACCCGAACAGUGAAUGAAUCGACAUUCAGUGUUUUUUCGACCAGUAUGAUGCGUGAUUUGCACAAAUUGUCUACCAAGGAUUAUGUUACGUUGUUCAAGGACGAGUUCGGUUCACUGGUCGUUGGGAAAAUGAAGAAAAAUCGAAAAUAUAAAUCCACAAAAUAGUAUUUAAAUGAGUUUCCUUUAUGGGGUGCUUUUAUUGAUCGCUCUAAGAGACAUAAUAUUAUCAGUAAU